AUGGCUGACGUGGUGACGCUCGAUGUGGGAGAUCCGCAUAUCUUAGUGCGGUACGAGAACGACCCGCACGGCUUCUUCUGGCAUCACAUAUUGUUGUUGUUCAGGGUGAGUGAGGACAUAUGGAUCUGCCUUACCCCAGAUCACGAUUUAGUCCGUGUCAAGUUGCUAGACACACGCCACGAGGUGCUCGAGCGCAGAGCCCCCUUCCCGGCACACCUGGCGAACCAGGUGUACGCCCACGACCCGAUCGGGGGAGCGGCGUUCGCAGCCUUGCGGCGCCGAGCGCGGCUUCAAGGACAGCUGCUCGGCGUCGGCCAGGUCGACGCGAUCGAGCGCAUGAUCUGGGUGGUGGCGGAGCCGCGGUCCCACAGGUUCGGCGAGAUCAUCGACGCGGCGUUGAUGGGGGGGACGGGCUUCGACCAGAAGGGCGUGGCGGUCCUGGACGGAGAGGAGUUCUUCGUUCAGAAGAUCGCGGCCAGCGGCCUGAGUGACUUCAAGAGGGAUGCGAAGGCCGACAUGGGGGACGUGCGCACGCUGGGCGACCACCACGACGAGGCGGGCCAGAGGAUACUGAGGCUGUCCGAGGCGGUGGCGCUGAUGCGCGACGUCGAGCAGCCUAACUACCCGCUCACAGGAGUCAAGAGCGUAAAAGAGUUCCUGGACAGCGUAGCCUCGUGGCAUGGGAAUAUGGCAUCGUACCAGGCCGAGUGGGAGAGGCUCAGCGGCAUCGGAGAGGGCUCGGCGGUCAACCACGCGCACAGGAACCGAUGUGAGGUGAUCAGGCUGAUGCACUCCCGGGACCAGGUCGACGUGUCGAUGUUGGCCUCCGCGGAGCUCCUGGUGCGCUGGCUGAUCCAGACGGAGAUCGCAGUCGAGCGCAACCCGCGCCGCCCCGACUACAGUGGCCUGGACAUCGUCAUCUCCGCGCCCGUCAACGCCGUCGAUCGGGCCUCCACCUCGAAGUUCAACACCUGGGCCACGGAUCGGCUCAAAGAGAGGGCGACGAUCCGGAAGCAGGAACGUCUCUACCGGGAGGAGCAGAAGCAGACCCGCAAGGGCGACGGCAAGGGUAGCAGCAGCCUCGACCCGAACCUGAAGCGGCACCCCAAGAAGUCGAAGGGAGGAGCGGCCGGCGCUGGCAUCAGGUCACGCGAUCGCCGGCAGGGAGAUCCCUUCCCGCUGCCAUGCGACGCCGCUGGCCUCGGCGAUGCAUGCGACCCUGCGCGGCUUCGGCAGGCUUUUGACUCGGUUCGGGCCCUGAACCAGCUUGCCGCCGCCAGCCUGAAUUCACGUCGUGCCCAGGGACACGACCUACCACCUGAGGGGCACUUCCGGCCCACCGCUGUGCAACGCUGGAUGCCCCAGAAUGUCGCGCGGCGGGUUGAGGCGCAUGGGGAUUGCCCGGCUGACCUCGCAGAGGAAUCGUCCCGCGCGGAGAUCCUCGACUCCAGAGACCACUACGGCAUGGAGCCCAAGAACUUGGCCAGCUUCGACUUCGACAAAGUCAAGAUCCUGCAUCGGAGAUUACCACCUGCAGCUCUUGGCCACCUCAGGCACGCUAGCGACCUGAUCAAGAGAGACGAGGCGGAGCUAGAGAGGGGCCGAGCCGAGGGCCAGGGGUUCUCGCCGCAUUGGGACCCCGCUCUUCGGCGCUCGCGAUACCUACGGAAGCGGCUGCAUCAGCGUCUGAGUCAGCAGGGCCUUCUGACUUGGCGCCGGCGGCUGAAGGCGCGCGCGGGCAUCUUCGUGGUCAAGAAGAAAGAUGGACUCCAGAGACAUAUCAUCGGCGCCCGUGCGGCGAAUAGGGCACGUCGGCUCCCACCUACUACUCGACUGGGUUCGUCUCGCUGCAUGGCGGACCUUGACCUCUCCGACCCCCGCCUGAAGGCCUCCGGCUUCGGGGGGAUAGGCUCGGGGACUGUCGCCAGCUCGGCGGGGCUGGAGGGCGACGUCGGGGACUGCUUCUACAACUUCACGAUUCCCGAGUUGGCUUCCUGGUUCGGCUUCGAGGACCGCUUCGACACCGUGGAGCUGGGCGACAUGGGCUGCCGGCCCGCGACCGUGUGGGACGACGCCACGGGGGCCGAGUCCGAAGUCGUGGACGGCGAGGCGCUGCACCCUUGCAUGACGGCCGCGUGCAUGGGCUGGUCUUGGGCACUGUACUUCGCUAACGAGGCCGUCGCCUACCGAGUGGAGAAGACGCUCGCCGACGGCCCUGACCAGAUCAUGAGAGAGAUGCAUCCUGCACCCAUUUUGAAGCCCGGCAAGUGCGCGACGGGCGUGCACGUGGACAACGCGCAGGUGAUCGGAGGCUGCAAAUCUGACACAGCGAAGCAGAUGACGGAUAUUGAGAACAGUUUUGGCAAGGACAACAUUCUGUCCGAUAUCGAGUCGGGCGGUGAGUUCGAGAUGCAGACGCUGGGUUUGGUGUUUCACUGGAGGGGGCGGCGACUUCGGCACAUGACACGACGGGUCUGGCGUGCUUUCUUGGCUGGGCACGCUCUCCUGCGGCGGCGCGAGCUCCAUGGGCACGCCCUCCAAUGCUGGCUGGGACACGUCGUGAAUCUGAACCAGCUCUGUCCCGAAGCCAUGUCCGCUCUGAACGCCUGCUACCGCUUCAUCGACGAGGCCCUGGAGGUGCCGAAGCGGACGUGGCCCUCGGUGAAGUCGGAGAUCCGUUGCGCGAUGAACCUGCUUUUCCUGAUGGAGGCCGACCUCGGCGCCCAGUUUUCCGACCGGGUCUACUGCGGGGACUCCUCCACCCGCGGUUACGCUUUGCACGUGACGGCGGGGGGGCCCGGCGAGAUCCGCGAGGCCUGGAAGUGGCGGGAGCGCUGGCGGCACGGGGGCGUCCCGACGGUGGAGGGCCAGGUGUCCGAGGGCCUGGGCUACGUGCAGGGCGGCGCCCCAGGCUUCGCUACUGGGCCGCUGACCGCCUUCGGCCAGGCCCUCCGCAGCCGGGCGGAGGCGCGCCCGAGGCCACGCGGCCGCUCGGCGGCUGGCAAGGUGGGCCGCGCCAAAGUGACCCUGGACUCGGGGAUCCCCGCGCUGGCCGACGGCUGGACCCACCGUCGGCGCUGCCACUUGGUGGCGGCCGACCGCUGGCGCUGGCAGGACGAGCGCGUCGACCUGAAGGAGGCGAGGGUGGCCCUGAUGGGGCUGCGACGACACUGCCGAUCCGUCAGGCUGCUGGGUUCGAAGCUGCUGACGCUGAGCGACAGCCAGGUCACCGUGGGGGCCCUCGAGAAGGGUCGCUCUAGCGCUGGCCUGCAGGCAUUGUGCAGGCGGGCGGCAGCUUGCCGGCUGACGGAUCGGAACCCGAGCGACUUCGAUUCCCGCCAGUGGGUUGCCAAGUGCACGACGGGGCAGCCGGCCUUGGCGCUUGAGCGCCGGCCGAGGCCUGAGGCGCCGCCAGACCAGACGGCGACAGCGGUGGGCCCCGCGGGGAAGGCGGAGGCCAUCGACCCCUGCGGCUUCUUGCCCAGCGUCGCCGACACGCACGUUUCUCUCGAGGGUGAGCUGAACGAGACGAUAGACCGCGACGUUGGCAGGCGCGCCCGCGCCGGCAGGCAGCGGCUGCCAGGCAAGGGCCGCCCGCGCCUGCCAUCGGCGCCGCGCCGGGCGGGGCCCAUCGAGGUUCCCAGGCGCGACUCGCUGGUCAUGGCAACAGUCACAGGUGCGACCCUCGAGAGGUACGCCACGGCCGCGCACGAGUUCGAGGUCCACGCCCAGGCCAAGAAGCUCGACCUGCAGCCGCUCAGCCGCCUGGGCGACAGCCUCGCCCAGGACUUCGUGGACAUCUGCGACGACGGCUUCGGGGUCUGGGAGGGCCGGAACACCUUGCACGGCUACCGCCUCCUGCGGCUCAAGACGACAGGCAAGGUGGACCGCCCGAAGGCGCUGGCCUCGCUCAAGGGGUGGGCGAAGCGGUCGCCUGGCCGCACGCGCCUGCCCCUGCCCGACAUCAUCGCGGACGACAUCGCGCUGAACCUGGCGGGGCACGACUUGCCGCUGAUGGGCGCAGCCGUGUCGCUGCAGACGGAUACCUACACCCGGCCCUCAGAGGUGGUCGAGCUGCGUCAGGGCCAGAUCCUGCCACCAGCUCCAGCCGCGAAGCUCGGCGCGCACUAUGGCAUCGUCAUCGCACCCCCAGGGUGGUACGAGGUCACGGAGACGGGGGGACAGGGCGACAGUCUGCUGGUCGGCGACGCGGCGCGCCCCUGGCUGACGAAUGUCCUGCGAAUCCUCCACCAGCCCAAGGCCGCCGACUCCCAGAAGCUCUUCGACUUCACGUUGCCGGAGUACGAGCGGCACUCAGGGGCCUCGAACGACAAGGCACACAACAGGCGGACUCUGAAGGAGAUCCAGAAGCGCGGCCGAUGGGCCUCGUCCGCGUCGGUGGUCCGCUACGAGGAGGGCGCCCUCAUUUUGCAGCAGCUGCGCAAGGUACCGCAGCAGAAGCAGAAGCUGGCAGCGCGCAGGAGCAAGCUGUUGCCCCAGCGCCUGCUCGAGCGCCUUCGCCAAAA